AUGACAAUUCUUGGAAGCCUACCAUUCUUUAGCCUCUUCUCAAAUCAAUCUAAAUCUGAUCGUAUUCGCAAGAGUAUUGGUCCUAUUUCUACUGUUCUUAAGCGACAACCGUUUUCAUCUACAACCAACCGUGCACUUCCAAAGUCUUCUAAUUAUUAUCAAUACAAGCCAGAAGAACCAAGCCAUGCAAGUCAGGCAAAAGAAACAGUGACAGAGAGCUCUAUUAUGAGUAAUUUUCCAAGACCCAAUUUGAUGCCUACCCUGCAUUUCUCUUUAUUUGGUUAUCAAUCACCUACAGAAAACGAUAGAAGACCAACAUCUUGUCACAAUUGUUCUGGUCCUCAUUCAACUGAUUUUUGUCCUUGUUAA